CUUUUGAGAUGUGUUUGUGAUGUUUUGAAUGCAAUGCUUCAUUUUGCAAGAGAUGUGAGGCAUUUUGCAUUUUGUGUACAAUUAUUGGAUUUGUGCAUUAAGUUUUGAGGCAAAGUUUUGAAAAUGUAAGCAGUUCGAAAAAAACUGUAAAAUAAUAAUACUGCACAAUGGCUGAAAGUGCUUGUUUUCUCGUUGAAGUGAGAGAGCUUCACAUUUCAUUUCUGAAUAGCCCAUGCAAAUUCGAUCCUCUGCGAUAGUGAUGUUCAUGCGCGUGGGCUCCUGGCUCUCUGUAGAUGUGUGUGGUUAUUCUGCCCCCUGCUGGACACUGCGGGCAGAGCAUAGUUACCCCAGCAUCUGCCGCGUUACUCUUCACAUAAUUCUACAUUCUCACGAACAAAGCCGUAAACGUGAUCACAAAGCGACAGAUGAAUAAACUGAACAAUGAAGGGCACAAUAACUGAAACGUGCGAACCCUGACCGUUCGUCUGAAGCACCGCUGACCAGAGCAUCCCGUUCUCCAGCAGAGACCGAGCGGGGCGUGACGUCAUCACGACCGUUACACGACCGCUCAACGAUUUCAGCGCAAAUCGUGAGUAACUUCACGAUCGCAACCAAUGUAACAAUAACAGGUAGAGGAUAGCAGCGUUCUUCUCCAGAUAUCUCCAGGAGUUUCCAAAGACCAAAGACCUAAACACCAAAGCUGAGCUCUGCAACAUGUGCUAAUUCAGAGGCUUUGGACAAAAAGGCAUUUUUACAGUCAGAUGAUUCGUCUGUAAUCUCCAGCACUGGCAGAAUGGGAAAUUAUGAUGAGGACACCGCCUUUCUGGGGCAAAAGGGACCGUUUUUUAUCAUCCUUUUCUUUCUCUUGAAUGGCAUCUACAUUUCCACAGGGCUUCACAGCUUCUAUAUAGUUUUUGUUGGGGCUUCACCAUCACAUCACUGUCGGAUAGCAGAUGGAAAUCUAAGUGAAGAAUGGAUGAAAGCCAGUAUUCCCAAUGAGAUUGUCGAUGGAAAACUGCAGCCAAGUCAGUGUUGGAGAUACAGCCUGGAGACGGUCAGAAAGCUGUCUGCGCAGGGUUACUCUCCGCUGGAGGUCAAUCUGACAGACAUUACACUGGAGACGUGUGUGGACGGAUGGAGCUACAGCACAGAAAUAUACCACUCCACCAUCGUCUCUGAGUGGGAUCUGGUGUGUGACAGCGAGUGGAGAGUCCCGUUCGCAAGCUCAACUCUAUACAUGGGCUACUUGCUGGGCUCUCUUGUUUCUGGACAACUUUCUGACAGGUUCGGCAGGAGGAAGGUUUUCUUCAUGUCUCUGGCGGCAGAAGCACUAGUGAUACUCGCACAGUCCUUCUCCAACUCGUGGCUGCUCUUUUGUGUUCUGUAUUUUUUUGUUGGCACAUUCCAAAUAUCUGUGUACAUCACAGCGUUUGUGCUUGGAAAUGAAGUGCUGAGUGAGUCCUUGCGCGUUUCCUUCACGUCGCUGGGAGCGAGUCUGCAUUACUGCUUCGGUUACAUGUUGCUGCCAUGGAUGGCCUUCGCUGUCCGUGACUGGAGGUCCCUACUGAGGGUUCUGUCGGGCCUGACCGUGGUCUUCAUUCCACUGUGGUGGCUGAUCCCGGAGUCUCCGCGAUGGCUUCUCUCUCAGGGACGCGUGCUGGAGUCUGAGGCCAUCGUGAGAGAAGCAGCGAAGAAGAACAAGGUCUCUGCUCCAGAGGUCAUCUUCAUCCAGUCCGAGGUUCAAGAGGCAGCGUCCCAGAACAGUAAGUACAGCUUGCUCGACGUGCUAUGGACCAGAGAUAUCCGCAAAACCACGUUCCUGUGUUUACUGCUAUGGAUAGCCAUCAACAUUGGAUAUUUCGGCUUGUCCUUGAACACAACUAACCUUAGCGGCGAUCCUUUCCUCAACUGCUUCCUGUCUGCGGUCACUGAGAUGCCUGCCUACAUCGUGUCCUUGCUUCUCCUGAAGAGCUGUCCUCGGAGACCCGUCCUGUCCGCUUUCCUCAUCAUCGGAGGAGGAUUUCUGCUUCUGCUGCAGCUGAUUCCUGAAAGUCAGCAUACUCUGGCACUGGUGUUAGAGAUGGCCGGCAAGUUUGGCCUCACCAUUUCCUUCACCGUGGUCUACAUCUACACGGCGGAGCUCUACCCCACCGUGCUGAGAAACCUGGGCAUGGGCUUGUGCUCCUCAGCCGCUCGCAUCGGCAGCAUCACCGCUCCUUACAUCAUAUUCCUGGGUACUUUCAACAAAUAUCUGCCCUACAUCCUGAUGGGAAGUCUGACCAUUGCUUCCUCAAUAGCAAACAUGUUUCUGCCGGAGACGUUUGGAAAAGUGCUGCCCGAGACUCUGGAACAAAUGCAGAAAUGCAAACGUUUUAUUAGAAGAGAUAAACACACCUUGGAGGAAGGGGAAGGAACAGUCAUCGUGAAAGAAGAAAAAAUGUGAAAGAAGAAAAAGUUGAUGGCUACACAGUAGAAAAAAUGAAUAAAAAUACUCCUCCGGACAUGAAGACAUUGAGAAGAUCCUACAUGGCCCUCGUCGAUGGCUUCACAGUUUUAUAGGCAACUCUUGAUAAAAUGUUAAUAAAAUAUGUCUACAGGUAAUUUUUUUUUUUUUUUUUUUUUUUACCAUUAUACUUAAAUAAUUUAAAAGAUAUGAAUGGUUAUUGUGAGAAUCACACCAAAAUCAGAAUUGGAAGUUGGCAUCCAGGUUGUUGUAAAUUUAAAGUGCUUGUGCAAAAUGCACAAAUAAAAACUGUUAUAAAGCAGA